AUGCAUUCCACACUUCUGGUCACCUCUUUUCUUUCCAUCUUCAAUGUUGCAGUAGCAAUUCCUAUUCCAGCUGAAGGGUUCCAGCCUCGGCAGGCACAGCCAUGCUUUAUUGUCGGCAAUGUGGCUCUGCCUCAGGAAACUCAAGAUGCAGCCAAUUCUCUCGCGUCGAGUGUUACUUGUGAUGCCAAGGAAACUACCAUUUCAGGAGUACCGGAUGUCUCUUCCGGCGGAAUAUCGUUUUCUUCCAUCGACUUUGCCACCUCUGGCCAGUCUCCCCUGGCAUUCGCCCUGGAGAAAUUUGCAACCACCAGCCCGCUCGCUGACAAUGAUCUUACGAAAUUCCAAAACGAAGCGAAUGUUUACACGGCUACAGAAGCUGCGCUACGUUCUAUUGGAGGCAAUCUGGCCAUCAAGGCGCCAAAGUUCUUCAUAAACUUUCAGAUCGCGCGAAUCCAAACGGCUCAGGGAAAUCCACCGACGGACCCAGCCCAAACAGUCGAACAUCUUCUGGGUAAAGUAACAAAGAAUGCUUCAAAGGCAGACCAGCAGUUCUUGGAGCAGAUUACGAGCCUGUCAAAUAUUUUGUCUUAG